AUGGCGGUCGAUGAUCGAUCGGAAGCAAUCGUGAAGACAUUCGCCGUAAAACCAAAACUCAAACCCACUACAAACAAAUCCACCCCAACGCCGGAAUCCAAAUACUGGAAAUCGUUUAAGCCAAAACAAACUCAAACCCUAGUAUCAUCCGUAACAUCACUUUCUUUUUCCCCAACGGCUCCACAUGAUAUUGCCGCCACCCACUCUGCAACUGUCACUAUCUUUUCAUCGCAAACCCUAGAGCCCAAAUCAACUAUCUCCUCCUUCAAAGACACCGCUACAUCCGCAUGUUUUCGUUCUGAUGGCCAACUGAUUGCCGCUGGUUCAUAUUCUGGUCAGAUCCAAGUGUUCGACCCUAAGAAACGAUCUGCGCUCCGGCGCCUCCGUGGCCACUCCCGCCCAGUCCAUUUUGUCAGUUAUCCUCGCGUUGACAAGCUCCAUUUGUACUCCGGUGGUGAUGAUGCCGUAGUUAAGUACUGGGAUGUUUCGUCGGAGAUUUUGAUUCAUAAUCUAAUUGGCCAUAAGGAUUAUGUACGUUGCGGUGAUGGGUCUCCGGCAAGUGAUGAUAUGUUUAUCACGGGGUCAUAUGACCAUACAGUUAGAGUUUGGGAUGUUAGGGUAUCAAAUCAAGGAGCCAUGAUGAACAUCAACCAUGGAGCACCGGUAGAGGAUGUGAUUUACUUACCAUCUGGUGGUCUAAUUGCCACCGCCGGUGGAAAUAAUGUGAAAAUUUGGGAUGUGAUUGGUGGUGGUAAGCUGUUGCAUUCUAUGGAAAGCCACAACAAGACUGUAACUUCACUAUGUGUGGGGAAAAUAGGGAAAGAUAGUGGUGAGUUCUCAAAUCAGUAUCGGAUUUUGAGUGUUUCAUUAGAUGGAUAUAUGAAAGUAUUCGAUUAUUCAACACUGAAGAUCACCAGCUCGAUAAGGUAUCCAUCUUCUCUCAUGUCAGUAGCAUUCUCACCAGAUUGCACAACUAGGGUGAUUGGUGCUUCAAAUGGGAUUCUAUACGCAGGGAAGAGGAAAACUGAUGAAAACCUGGGGUCUGUUAAAUCUGAAUGGGGAAAAUACGUUGGUUUUGGAGCCAUAGAUGAGCCUGAGAAGAGAGUUCUAAGGCCUUCUUAUUUUCGUUACUUCCAUAGAGGCCAAAAUGAGAAGCCUUCAAAAGGAGAUUACUUGAUCAUGAGACCAAAAAAGGUGAAACUGGCUGAACAUGACAAACUGUUGAAGAAAUUUCAUCACAAAGAGGCUUUAGUAUCUGCUUUAAGAGCAAAAAACCCUGAAAACAUAGUAGCAGUGAUGGAGGAAUUGGUGUCAAGAAAGAAACUAUUGAUGUGUGUUUCAAAUUUGGGGAUGGAGGAACUUGGGUUGCUUUUGAGUUUCUUACAGAGAUACUCAACAAUGCCAAGGUAUGCUGGGGUGUUGAUUGCAUUGGCUAAGAAAGUUGUUGAAAACCGAUCUGAUGAUAUUAGUGGUUCAGAGGAACUAAAAGGCCAUAUUCGAAAUCUAAAGAGGUCAAUCAUGGAGGAGAUAAGAAUCCAACAAUCUUUGCAAGAAAUACAAGGCACGAGAGCACAAUUGCAUCAAGAAGACACAAAACUCUAA